AUGACACUGAGAACUAUAAAUGCUACUCAAAUUCGAAGUCUCAUAUAUGUGGUUCAUAAAGAAAAGCAAUUUAGCAGCAGUUCUUUAUUGUUGAAUAACCGAAGUGCUUGUAGUUUGAUUUACUGUCGUACAUUAUUUAAAAUGGAAAGCAAAAAAGUAUUCGCAGUUUUGUUUGUCACCUUUUGUCUUUGCCUGACAUGGGCACUACUAGCCUUACUCAAAUAUGGCGGAAAAAUUUUCUUCUUCAAGUUUCCAAGUCAUAGGUAUGUACCUAAAAAGGAAGAACAAAACAACUACAUGCUUCUAAAAAAAGUCGAAGAUAUGGAGAAGUUACCUGAAUAUGGUUCACAGAUGGUUUGGCUCAUUGUCUACCAGUUGGGCACGCAUGCACAACCCUCUGAUUCUCCCAUCGGAUCUUAUUACCACUCUUCCACUAACCAGAAAGGCAAUAACAAAAUUGACGAUAAAGCUUUUCCAUGUGUCAGCUUAUCAAAUUUACCCACAGAUAUGGAGACCGUGGAAUACAUGGGAUCUAGCUUAGGACCGUCAAGGCAUGAAGCAUGUGACAAAGACGAGGAAGCGAUUUUGAAAGGUUAUUGCUAUAUGCUCACUAAUUUAGCAAGUAAAUUUGAAUUUUGUGUAUUUAAAGAAUUUUUUGCUGUCAGCAAACAGUCUUCAGUCCUUUCAUCUCUCAGAGUAUCCGAGUUUGGUAGGAAUCACUGCACAGAGAUCAGUCUGAGUAAGUCCAAAAUCUUGAUUUUUACUGCCAGUAAUAUGGAUAAUUUUUUAUAUGCCAAGAUGUUUGAUUUUAUGCCGUACUGGCCGCUGAUUCAUGAUUAG